GUUAUCGUGCAUGCAGUUGUCUUCAUAACUUUUACCGCUUGGAUCGUUUUGGGCCUUGCACGGCUUGUCCAGAUUACGGCCUUACCUGUACAAACGAUACAGCAAUAUUGGCACCAGGCUAUUUCUGGCAGUGGAGCAACAACACGACGAUGAACAAUUACACGAAAUUCGUUGAAAAUAUUCACACAUUUGGACCUGAAUACAAUAGCAAUUGCUCAAUAUUUCAUUGGUUAUUGCCCAAGCCGCUGAAAUGCCCCUAUCCAGGGUCCUGCAACGGUGGAAUUGGUUCAGUGUGUGAGGUCGGAUACCAAGGUACCUUAUGUGCAACUUGCUCUAACAAUCACUACCUCCGAUUUAACAGAUGUCUGGAAUGUCCAAGCAUGAUUGCUACAAUCAUUUCAUGUGUUGUAGUGAUCGUGGUCUUUGCUUUGGUGUUUGUGAUGAUUCUCUGGGGAGACUCCAGACGCGCAAGAGACGAUGGUAGGCGCACUGUGGCAGAUGUCAUCAUGUCCUGCUCCAAGAUCGUGAUUGGAUUUUAUCAAGUUGUUGUUGGCAUUUUCUCGGCUUUGGCUGGGGUUUACUGGCCUGUAAUUCUCAUCUCCAUGGAAAAAUGGUUGAAGUUCGUUGAAGGAAACAUUUUGCAGUUUGCACCACUGAGCUGCAUUAAUCCUUUUCUUCGACUGGACCCAUUCAUACAAUUUACUUUCGCCAUUGCUAUUAACAUCUUGGUCGUUUCUCUGAUAUUGCUCUAUCUCUUCCUGAAAAAGCAACACAUCAACAAGCUGGAGAUUUCCAUCUCCGAAAAACUUGAGAAAACCUCAGGCUUGAAGAAGUCGUGCUAUCGAAAUAUUCUGUUAUUUCUUCUUUUGUCAUACCCAAUCACAAGUAAGAAGAUUAUUGACAUUCUGCCCUUACCAGGAGUUUGCGUGAACGUGUGCUUUAACAAAGAUGGAGGUGAAUGUAUUUCUUUGUUGAAGGCUGAUUACUCCAUCCGUUGUUUUACCACUCGGCACGAUAUCUUCUGGCACAUCGCAGCUGCCUUCGCCUUGUAUCCUGCUGCCUUUCCGCUGUUGCUACUGUUUCCUAUUUACAAGUACCGGAAGUGUGAUCCUGACAAAGAAGAAAUGGCUUUUGGUUUCAGAGUGUUUUUUGAAAAUUAUAAAGAGGGUUACUGGUUUUGGGAGGUCGUGGAGAUGUACCGAAAGCUUUUGCUAAUCUCAUGUAUCCUUCUGUUUGAUUCCGACAGCCGUUCUCAAAUUGGUUUCACCGUGAUCGCAGCAAGUGUUUCUGGAAUUACGUACACCAUCUUUCGAUCAAUGAAAGGAAAAUUUGAAGAUCGACUCCAAACGUUUGCGCUUUGGAUAAUAUUCUUUAAUGUUUGUCUCGGUGCAAUAUAUUCACAACCUGACGUCAGCAGGAAUCACGGAGAAAACAACUCUAUGUUUAUCAACGUAGUGUUUGUUGUUCUCAAUGGUGCCGUGUUAAUAUGGUCCGUAGCAAAGGGAUUGCUUUAUCUGAGAGAAAAUUGGAGAGCACUAUCUUCCUGCCCAGUGCGAUGUUUUCACCUAAUCUGUCGCAGAUGUCUUGAAGGCCGUCACAGAAGAAACAAUUACCAGCGUAUUUAA